GCUUCCUGCACCCAAUCGACACUCUACUCCACCACAACAACAACCCACACCACCCACCGAUAGACAUGGCAAAGCAGGCCAAGUCCAAGGCGCCGACCAAGGGCGCGGGUAAGCGCUCGGCGCCGUACGCCAAGGCUGCGCCGAGCAAGAAGGCAAAGCCGAGCGUCGAGGUGCGGUACGAGGGCGCGGCACCGGCUGCGACCAAGGCUGCGUCCAAGCCCGCUGCUCCCAAGGCCGCGGCGAAGGCAGUCGAGAAGCCCAAGGCAAAGGGCAAGGAGAAGGCGGUGCCGACCCCCGCCGCUCUCCCCGCCGCCGCCGUGCCAGAGCCCGGCCCCGCGCCCACGGCCCCCGCGUCAACGUUCAAGAUCAUCGCGGGCUCGUACGAGAAGCUGCUGUACGGCCUCGAGGGGUCGUACGUCGACGGAGACGACAACAAGCCGACCCUCACGCCCAUCUUUAUCUUUCCCGCCCACCUGUCCUGGGUGAAAGCGGCGGCUGCGUCCCCGGGCGGAAAGUGGCUCGCUACGGGCAGCGAGGACGAGUUUGUCAAGGUCUGGGACUUGCGGCGGCGGAAGGAGGUCGGAAGCCUGAGCCAGCACCAGGGCUCAAUCACCUCGAUCACCUUCCCCACCCGCUCGCACCUCGUGACCGCCUCGGCCGACUCGACCAUCUCCCUCUUCCGCACGUCCGACUGGGCGCUGCUCAAGUCCCUCAAGGGCCACUCGGGGCGCAUCAACUGCGUCGACGUGCACCCCACCGGCCGGGUCGCGCUGUCCGUCGGCAAGGACAACACACUCAAGAUGUGGGACCUUAUGCGCGGGCGUGGUGCCGCCUCUCUUGCGCUUGGCGCUGAGGCCGAGCUCGUCAAGUUUAGCCCCAAGGGCACACACUUUGCCGUGCUGUACCCGCGCAAGAUUGAGAUUUACUCUUUGACCCUCAAGCUCCUCCACACCCUCGAGACCAAGUCGCGCUUCAACCACCUCGCGUUUGUCGAGCUCCCCUCGGCCGCGGACGAGAGCGACAGCGACGACGACGCGGGCGUCGAGCUGCUCGCCGUCGGGACGGAGAAGGGCCAGGUCGAGGUGUACACUGUCGAGCUGGGCUCGAGCGACGACGAGGACGAGGACGAUGAGGACGACGAGGAUGACGAGGACGCCGAGCCGGCCGCCAAGGGCCCCUCGGCCGACGUCGACCGGAUCGCCACACUGACGGGCCACACGAACCGCAUCAAGUCGCUCGCCGCGCUGCCGUUCACCACGCCUGCGGGCCCGACGGUCCUCCUGAGCUCCGUGUCGAGCGACGGCCUGAUCAACCUGUACGACAUGGGCCAGGUGGCGACGGCCGAGGCGGCCGACGACAUCCAGCCCGUGGCCUCGUACGACACCAAGGGCAGCCGCCUCGUGUGUGUGACUAUGGCUGAUGGGCCGGUGCCGCGCGCGCCCAAGGCUGCUGCGGCGUCCGCUGCGGGGGGCAAGGGCGGCGCGAGGUUCGCUGCUGAGGAGGACGAGGAGGAGGAGAGCGACGAGGAGGAUGAUGACGAGGACGACGAGGACGCCGAGCUGUAUGACUCUGCGGAGGACGACGAGGACGGCGUCGAGGUCGAGUUUGAGGACGAGGAGGAGGAGGAGGAAGAGGAGGAGGAAGAGGAGGAGGGCGAGUACGAGGACUAG